CUGCGUGCAGUAAAAUCAUCCGAGCACCACGUGACUCUUUAACCACGUGACCUCUGCAAGGAAAGCAUGGCGGCGCGCUGUUCAGCAGGACUUGCAAUAUCGCCAGGACUGGCCAGUUUUCUGCGCAGAGCUUGUCUGGGCAGCUGUAGUCCCCCCCCAGGCUCGCUGUGUCAGCAGCAUCGACGUUUCUUCUGGAGGAAGUGGAAAAGUUCUCACAAUGUAGUUCGUCCAGCUACUGUCAGGCCCGCCUAUGCAGUACCCAAGCAUAUUGUGCAGCCUGACUAUGUGCAGACUGGACUUGUCCCAGAAUGGCCAGACUACAUAGAAAUCAAAGACAAAGAGCAGAUCGAAGGCCUGACUAGGGCAUGUCAGCUGGCCAGACAUGUGCUGCUCCUAGCUGGGCGCAGUCUGAAAGUUGGUAUGACAACAGAAGAAAUAGACUUUAUCGUGCACAAAGAGACAAUCAAGCACAAUGCCUACCCGUCCCCUCUCAGAUACGGGGGUUUCCCCAAAUCAGUCUGUACAUCUGUGAACAACGUGGUCUGUCAUGGCAUACCUGACAGUCGGCCACUUGAAGAUGGAGAUAUCAUCAACAUUGAUGUAACUGUGUAUUUGGAUGGUUACCAUGGUGACACCUCAGAAACCUUCUUGAUUGGUCAGGUUGACGAGGUUGGGAGGCGACUGGUGGAAACCGCCAGGCGUUGCAGAGAUGAAGCCAUCGAUGCCUGCAAACCAGGUGCACAGCUUUGUGUUAUUGGAAAUACUAUCAGUGAAAUAGCCCAUGCCAGUGGCUUCCAAGUGUGUCCGUAUUUUAUUGGGCAUGGAAUAGGCUCCCAUUUUCAUUGCCAUCCUGAGAUUUGGCACCACGCUAACGACAAUCACAUGACCAUGGAUGAAGGGAUGGCUUUCACGAUAGAGCCUAUACUGAUGGAGGGGUCUGCAGAGUUCAGAAUCUUGAAGGACAAGUGGACUGCAGUUUCUGUAGAUGAUAAAAGGUCGGCUCAGUUUGAGCACACAGUGGUUAUCACAGCGGACGGUGUGGAUAUUCUCACCAAACUGCCAGAAGAGACCAGUGCAUCAACCUGAUGAGCCCUAGAGUGCCUCAGCUGAAAAUCUACACUACCUUUUGGGAUGACAAGUGGAAGAAAUAACAGAACAUAUUUUAAUCUACACAGUUUCUAUCUGUAAAGUGAAAAAAAGGGCUCUAGUAAAUAUAAAGAACUAUCGAUAUUUAAGUUGGCGUUGGAGUAGAUCUUAUUAAAGCUCGGUUUUGUGUAUGAGUGAGGAUUUUUAAGGUAUUUAAUUUAAACCUCGUUGGUUUGCUGGAUCACAUCAUUGAUCUAUUUUUCUUUUUAACAUGGUUAAAUUUGAGCAUGAUGCAGUCCUCAUUACAACAAUACCCGUAUCUAUUCUCUCGAAGACUUUCCACAGAUUUAAUGAUGUCAAAAACCCCACAUUUCAGCUUCUUUGUAUAUUUUCUGUAAAAGAUCUCUCAUUGUCCUUGAAAUGCAGUUUCAAAGCCUUUUAUUGUGAUUAGGUGUCAAAAUUCCUUUUAAUUCUGUAUUAGAGUCAUUUACGAUAAUUUAGCGAGACUUUUGAAACACAUGCAUGAGAUACAUCAGAUAAGGUUUAGUGUGCUUGUUGAUGACUGACGUUCUGUGGAGGAUGGCCAGCAGAUGGCAGCACACACCAUCAGACAUUGUAUUAUCAGCAGGUUUCUCAUGUGCCAGACUGAUUACUUAAAAUAAAUAAUAACAAUAAUAAUAAUGAUAAUUUGCUUCUGGCCCCAGGUUCACAAUUGUAACUUGUUAAACAUAAAAGAAUCAGUCUUAAUUCAGAUUAAUCUAUUUACAGGGCCAGAAGUUUACUUCACUUGACACACACAAAUAUUUUUGUUAUAUGGUCAUAAACUCUUAACAUCUUUGUUCACUAAAUAUAACAGAUUCACUCACUGCACACUUCACCAACUUAUGCGGUGAGUGGGAGAAUUUGCACAAACAAGAGGUUAAAAAAUUGUGCUUGAGGCUUUAAAUUCCAGGCAUAGCAAAAUCCUUUUGUUUCACAUUUCAGAUUCCUCAUCACUGUCUGUAUCUUCUGUCUCCUUAGGUCGAUUUAGCAGAGAAGAAUAAAGCAGCAUUACAGAGCUGUCUUCUCACAUGUUUGAGUGUUUGUACAUUAUGCGUUGUUGAAAAUGUAAAACCUCAUAAUGCUGCUGUAAUUGAGGUGGUGUGUUGAACUGAUGAUGCUUCAGGGAGGAAAAAAAGGGAAGAGCUACUGGAUUUAAACCUGCCAGAGGGUGUUUUCACUUCCUGCCAGCGUAUGAUGUGUAUCUGUGUGCCCAUACCGGUGCCACCUGUGGGCGAGGCAGGAAGGAUUAAUCAAAUAAAGGUGUAGUCUGCACAUGUCCAACCA